AUGUUGGGGCCUGAUCAGCCGGUGAUUCUGCAGCUUCUGGAAAUCACCCCGGCAUUGGAUGCCUUGAAAGGGGUGGUUAUGGAACUGGAUGAUUGUGCCUUCCCACUGCUGGCUGGCACCGUACAGACAGAUGACGCAAACGUAGCUUUCAAAGACACUGAUUAUGCAUUGCUGGUAGGUUCGCGUCCGCGUGGUCCGGGCAUGGAACGUAAAGAUCUUCUCGAAGCUAAUGCCGCCAUUUUCUCGGUGCAGGGCAAAGCCCUGAACGACCAUGCUUCACGAGACGUUAAAGUCCUGGUAGUGGGUAAUCCGGCAAAUACCAAUUCGCUGAUAGCUCAGCGCAAUGCACCGGAUCUUGAUCCGCGCAACUUUACCGCGAUGACACGACUUGAUCACAACCGGGCCAUGGCGCAACUGGCACAGAAAACCGGUAAACACAUCAACGAUGUCGACGGCUUGUGCAUCUGGGGUAAUCACUCGGCAACGCAAUAUCCUGAUAUACAUCGCGCCACCGUGGCCGGUCAGGCAGCCAUGGACCUGGUUGACAUGGACUGGUACGAAAACGAUUUCAUUCCUACCGUACAACAACGCGGUGCCGCGAUUAUCGAAGCACGUGGCGCCUCAAGUGCAGCCUCUGCUGCCAAUGCCGCCAUUGACCAUAUGCAUGAUUGGGCGCUGGGUAGCGAUGGCAUCGUCAGCAUGGGUGUUUACUCUGAUGGCAGUUACGGUAUCGACGAAGGGUUGAUCUACUCAUUCCCUGUUCGAUGUAGCGGUGGUGACUGGCAGAUUGAGCAGGGCAUAGAGAUUGGCGACUUCAGUCGCGGCAAAAUGGACGCCACUGCUGCCGAACUUGGCGAAGAACGUGAUGCGGUAGCCCACCUGCUGCCUUAA